ACGUAUUUUUUUCCGCCAUUUCUGUCAAAAAAUUGUGGUCAAAAAAAACCUUUUUUAACUCGGUUUUAUCGCCAAAGAAAGCGAUCAAAAAAGUAUUUGGGAAAAUAUUACUAAUUCCCAAAGGGCAGGUGGCGAAAAYCGGGAUUUCUGAUGUGGUUUAUUCGCGAAAAUCUUGAUGAAUUUGUUGGAGUCGUUUGUUGUUUUGUUUGAAGUGAAGCGAAAUAACAAAGCUAUGUUAUUAGUGAUGUCUAGUUCUCUUGAUCUUCUAUAUACAUCAUAAGGAGGAUACAAGCCAACACUUUCACCUGGCCUUUUAACUGAACGAGAAAAAGUKUACAAGAAUCGCGAGAAAGCGCUUGGAAAUCUGUUGUUAUUGGUACGAAGUAAGUAGUUGACAGAUAUAAGCAAAGUAAGAAGAAUAAGCUGAAGUGAAACAAUGAAGUUCCUUGAAAACGCUCGGUUAGACACGAUUAGUGCUGCUGUAUCAAGAAACAAUGGUGACAUCGUAGUCGAUGGAAAGGUUGAAAGUUAUUCCUGUAAGAUGGCUGGCAAUGACAAGAAAUUGUACAAAACACUCAAUGAAGGCAGUUCUCCUAGUGAUCUUCAAGCUCUUUCACCACCAACUGUGCAAGUAACAACAAUCCCCUCGCCUACUACAAACAACCCAUUUCUGUAUUCAAGUAGAAAACGAACUCUCAGCAAUACAAGUCAAGAAGAAGGAACUCUUUGUGAUACAAUUAGUAGAAAAACCUUGUUUCAUCUGAUAUCUACUCUUAAUGCUUCAUUCCAACCUGAUUAUGACUUCAGCAAUGCCAAGUCAGAGGAGUUCAGCCUUGAGCCAUGUUUGCAAGUUGUUAUAGAUAACAUAAAUGCAAAUUUGUCUGCUAGCAUGGGGGAAAAUUUCACUGGACUUAAAGUAGCAAUGUGGUCAGCUAUUGAUGAAGAAAUACAGUUAAAUGACUGUGAUAUAUACAGUUACAACCCAGACCUGGAUUCUGAUCCAUAUGGUGAGGAAGGCAUCUUGUGGUCCUUCAACUACUUCUUUUACAACAAGAAGAUGAAAAGGAUCUUGUUCUUUACAUGUAAAGCAUCAAGUCCAAGUGUCAUGUCCAUGUCUGAUGAAGAUGAAGAACUGUUUGAGAUGGAUAGUAUGAACACAGAUCUACAUUCACAACAAAUACCCAG